GGAUGUCAAUUUCUGACGUUUUGUGAAAAUGAUAUGUAACUCAGUUGGAAGUAUGAUAAUCGUGAAGUCGAUUCUGUUAAUGUAUUUAUUUGAAAAUGUGGCACAUGCUUGUAAAAAAACAUUUGAGAAAGUUCCCCGUGGAAAGCCAGAUAUUGCUAACUGCGUGGCAGAUGCUAAAAGUGCCGUGGAGCAGUACUUUUUGAUAAGGAAUGGGUUUACUCUAAGUUUAAUAUGGAGUGAAACAGGAGACGAAGAAGACAUCGAUCCGUACGAUUAUUAUAAUAUACAAGUGGUGGCAGACAGAUGGUCAGACCCAAGUGAUUACGAAAACGGGCGCUCUCCAAACUCCUUUAACAUCCAAAAAUUCAUGAAUAGUAAAAGAUCUAUACUAGUUACUGCUUACGAGGGAACGGUAGGACUUUACCGAUUACGAACUACAUACACACCGUGUGAUAUCUUUAAACAAAAACUCUCAGCCGUAACGAAGAACUGCUUUUUUUAUAUUAAACCUUUACCACCUAUUGCAGUGAUACGAGGGGGGGUUCACAGAGUAGUACCGGCAGAUGAACAACUUGUUUUCCAUGCCGAUUAUUCGAUGGAUUUGGAUGAACGUUAUAGGGAAAUAAACACCCCACGUUCUUUGAGAUUCAACUGGUCGUGCACGCAGACGAUUGGUUCAUUCUGUAGCAGAUCAUCUGUGAACGAUAAGGCGUAUUUUGAAGUACCAAAACAACAUGUUUUGAAAGGUGACUUUAUUAAUGCGACGGUAGAAGUGACUUCAACACGAUUUCAACGUAGCAGUACAUUUCAAGUCGCAGAAGUGCGGCCUAUGGCCAUCCCUUUGACAAUUGUAUGUAGGAAAAAUUGCCCUCCUGCGAGUGAUGCACCAAAUAUCCAAUCCAUAACGUUUUUUCUCGCUCGUUGCCUGUCGAAUUGUACUGAAACUGAAGAAAAUAACCUUAUUUGGGAAAUCAAACCAGUGAAAGAUGAUCCUGGUUUCAAAUUUGACUACGAUCGUGAUACCCAGUUUGGAAGGAAUGGGCCUAAAUUUAUAAUCAAUAAAAACGUCCUUAAAGCGGGCACAGAUUACUACAUAUCGGUGAGAUUUAAGGAUAGUACUGUGGGUCAAGCAAAAAUGAUUGUGAAAUAUGCGAAAAUUCCACUGGUGACCAGUUGUGAAACCCAGCCAUCAUCAGGAAUAAGUCUGCGGACGUGGUUCAGGCUUCGUUGUGAGGAACAACCACCCAUUGACAAAAACAAUUUCUAUUACUUGUUUAUAAACGAGGCAUUGACUGAGUAUGUAGUGGACGGUUACUACCCAGACGUAUUUAGAAUAAAAUUCCUCUUGCCGCCUUCAAAAGGGCGUAAAUUUGUAGUUAAAAUUGUGGAAGGGAGCGGACCGGCCAUAUUUUUAAAUGUAAAUCCUGAUGUGAGGGCAGCAUCUGAGGGUAAAACAACAGCCGAAAUUUUGGAGAUCUACCAAAAAUUCGUGAACGGCAGUCACGGUAUGAGUGUUUCCCAGUUACUUUUGAGUAAGAAACCCGAGUUUAAAGAGGAAGGAAUUAAGAUAUUUCAAGCUUUGGUCAACGAAGUAAUCGCCAAUGAACCUAUAGACGAAACGUACGAAUUUGUGAAAAACAUCACUUAUUCCGUUGUUAAAGAUCUUCUGAAGUCGCCACCAAAUGACACGUUGCAGUUGGUCACUGUUAGCGAGUCUGUUACUAGAAUGCUCGAAUAUCACGACCUGGCAAAAUCAGACCCUUUACUCGCAAGAUUUGCGUCAAAAGUGUGCAAGUAUAUGAUAGACGCACACGCCGACGAGAUAAAAAGACAGAAAUUUCCACUGAAUUCUGAAGCACAGUUUAACAGAGUCGGAACCGUUUUGACCAAGUGUAUGGAGGCCAACGUGCGAGAAAAUUUCGAUAUUAUUAGACCGGUGUCAUUUAAUAUUACAGUACUUGAUUUGGACGCGCCAUCGGUAGAUGGAGUAGUAGUUUCUGAAUAUUAUCCCAAUUACAUUGAUUUUGACGAGAUGUAUGGGAAACAUUUGGACAACUUGAACGAGAUUACAAACACCGUAAUUGACUCCACUGCGAAAGCAGCGAAGUCCCUAGCACUGGCUACAGCUUCAGGAGAACACUUUGCAAAAACCUCGGGAAAAUACUCAGCCACCCUUGUAGCUAAGGACGAAGGAGAACAUUUAGCUGUAACUAAAAUACAACUACUGGAUGUAGUUUUAAUACCGUCUCACGAUUUCGAUAACCAGGAACAUAAGUUCGACAUCAUUAUGUCUAGUUGGUCUAAAGACAUAAUGUGGUGGAAUUUAAAGCAGACUCGCGUAUCAACAAACAUUCUUAGCGUGCAGUUUUGGCAUUCUUCUUGCAAGAAACGCAUCAAGCGUUUCAAGUCUCCUGUGAACUUAUUAAUGAGCAUGACCGCUUCAGACACCUUCAAUGAAACCUUGAUUGAAAGUAAUGUUACCAUUCCCGAAGAAUAUACUCUUAUAUCUGGUGAAAAAUUAAAUCCGUAUAUACGCAUUCAUAGGAUUGGAAUCAUCGCACUGUCUGUUGUACAUAUCAAGUUUGAAAGAGUAUCGUAUUUGGAUGUGUUUGACGUAGUUGUUACGAAGUUUGAAUUUCCAUCUAGCAGCAAUUUCGUUGUGAACGAAACGAUCAAUACUCAGGACGAUAGCUAUUACUUACGGAUUAUAAAUUACGAAAAGUACGAUAUUUGGGGUUAUUUGGCGAUUUUGCCCAGUAAGCGGGAUCUUUAUCACAGUAGAGCGCGUGUGAUGAAGUACAAAGUGACUUUUUUGACUUCAUUUUGUCUGCGCUGGGAACGCAAAGAUAAAGUGUGGAAGCCAUCAUGCAGACCGGGGUUAGCGACUACUCUUAAAGUUAUUAAUUGUGAAUGUCUACAUUUCUCUGUUCUUGCGGGGUAUUUGCAAAAUGCGGAAUCCUUGACACAGGAAUUGUCACCGAUUGAAAUUUUACUGGAUCUGGAUUCUUGCUACAUUAUUUUUAUUACUCUUUCUAUAACGGUGGCAGUAUAUUGUAUCCUACUCAUUUUACUCGCUGUCAGGCAAAAACCUCCAGUGUACUAUUUAAGUGAUAACUCGCAAGAUGACUUGUAUGCGUAUUUGUUAAUUGUUAGAACCGAGAACAGAAGGAAUGCAGGUACUACAUCGAACGUGAUGGUAAGACUCAGCGGCACAAAAGGCUCGAGCGAGCCACACGUACUCAAUUACCCCGAUCCGAAACUACGUUUGCUGCAAAAACAGGGUGAAGAUAUGUUUAUGUUGACUACCCCAGAACAUUUAGGAAAACUUCAAGGAAUUGAAAUUUGGUACGACUGCACCGGAGCAAGCCCUUCGUGGUACUGUAGAGAUAUCCUCGUUCACGAUAUGCAGAAAGACACACAAUGGUACUUCAGAGUAAAAACUGACUUUAGUGUUACCAACGGAGUUGCCUAUUUAGUAUCAUUUCCAACAGAAUUCAGUGAACAAAGAAACAUUUUUUCUCGCCUGAAAAUCUGUACCCAUUUCCACACGUGGGAACUGUGGGCGAUGGAAAAAAAUUUUUCUUUUACUGCAAGACUGACCGUUGUUUUUUCAAAUAUUGUGAUGGUUUAUACCAUAGUGCUCGCGUUACAAGGUGUACCUGCUUUAGAUCUGAGAGAUAGUUUUGACGAAUACCAGAGCUUCUAUAUUUCCAAAGAUGCUUUGAACAUAGCUGUAACCGCGGGCUCGUUGUCGUUUCUGAUUCACAUUAUCAUUGCCUGGAUUUUUCGCAUCUCGAGCAGUAUGGAAUUUUUUAUUUGCAGAAGGAGGGUGGAACGUGUACUCGACUUCAGCAUAUUCUGCUGGAUUGUACUUGGCUUGUUAGUUGCAUUUUCUAUAACGUCGCUGGUUUUUUUCGGAUUUUGGGUGCCGUUCCACAGUAGUUUGGUUUGGCUGAUUAGCUGUAUCAUGGCCAUUUUCUUUGACGUAGUCGUGUUAGAAAACCUUUUUAUUCUUGUGCAGGCAUUCAUCUGUAAUUUUAGAUUGUCAAUUUUUGUCGAAGGCGGCUACAAUAAAAUUGUGAAAUUUGUGGAGAGUGAACGUCUGGAAUUGCACACAAAAUUUGGAACGACUUUAUUACGACCAUACAUGAGUCACUUAUACAGGCCGUUGAGAGCUAUGCAGAUUACUAAACGAAGAAUAGUGGGAAACUUGAGGGCUGGUAUUUACAAUGAUUUGGAAGACUUGGUCAUGUAUGGGAUCUACAAUAUAAUGUUGUACGUGGUAAUUUUAUUAAACAAAGGUGACCUCACCACAAUCAGCAAAACUGAAGUAAUUAGUAUGAUGGAGGGUCAACACACAAGAACUCUGUCUUUUUCCAAGAUAAAAUCUCUGCCUCAAAUAUACCAGUAUAUCAAUGAAACUUUAAUUCCAACAAUGCAACCUGUUACAUGGUACGCGAAUUAUUCAAUUCCGGACGCCGGACUUAUGAUAGACAAUGCAAACAAAUACAUUGGUAUCGCCAGACUGAGACAACAUCGGAUGGCCCCAGUCGAUUGUGUAAUCCCCGAACUGUUAAAAUUCUUAAACACUACUUGCUGGCCAGAAUUUACUAUGGGUAAUGCCGAAUAUCGAACGUUUGGCUACCAGUGGGGUAAAUUUCACCCAAGUGACGAAUAUGAUAGAAUGAAAGAUAUAUAUUAUUAUCAGACUCAAAAGGAGACUGAAACUUUUUUAAAUUGGGGAAGGAUGGCUUCGUAUCCAGGAGGAGGAUAUGUUUCAUAUCUAGGACGCCACUUUUAUAAUUCAUACGCCAAUUUCCUGAAACUGUGGAGAGGUUUCUGGGUGGAUCACAAAACACGAGCUUUUUUUAUUGAAUUUUUGAUGUACAAUGCGAAUUAUAACGUAUUUGUGGUGGUUUCGUUGUUGUACGAGUACAGCGCUACGGGAUAUGCUGCCAAAACUAUACAGGUGGACGUGAUACGAAUGCUGUUCGUCCAAAACGAAAUGGAACACGCCACGAUGGUUUUCUUCAUUUUAUUUAGCGUCUGGUUGACGCUGCUUAUCCUGAAGUUGUUCUUCGACAUUCUUAAGAACCUUGCAACUUUCUACAAAAAAGUAUGGGUAAUGAUCGACUUUCUCAUAAUAUUUGUGAGUGUUAUCACUAUAUCCACAUUUAUACUCCGAAUGCGGAGUGUAGGAGAGUACCUUGAAAAGUUGGAAGAAGUAAAGCACAAUGAAUUCGUGAGUUACUUCAAUUUGUUGUAUGCCGAAGGAUUUCUCACACUAUUUUCUGGGAUUCUCGUCGGAGUAGCAACUAUUCGUUUGUGGAAAUUUCUGAGAUUCGGAAUAUUUUUCAGAGUUAUGGAACGCACUCUUUCGAUAGCCGCGUUUCCUCUCUUAUCUGUAACUUUCGCUUUUGCCAUCAUUUUAACAGGUUUUGGAUUUUCGGGAAUUCUGAUUUUAGGAAAUGAAUACCCUGAACUGUCCUCAUUUAUAAAAAUCGUUGCUACUCUUAUUCAAAUGGCCCUAAAGCCUGACCAAUUCGACUUAAGCGAUUAUUUAGAUUUCCAAAUUUCGUAUUGCUACUUUAGUUUUUACUUGGUGUGCAUGCAAGUGAUCCUACUUCUGUACAUCACGGUGAUCAUUAUGGCGUACGUAAAAGCUCAGUUGGAACUCUCAGUGUUACCAGACAGUUACACAGUUGGCGAUUACAUUCGAGAACGCAUGGAAUACCUCCCUGUACUAAUAAAAACCAAACUACACCGUUUGAGAGCAGGAGAAAAAGAAGACCACAUAGUAACCCCAAAAGCCGAUGAAUUUCGGUAUGCGAACUGUGUUGGAAUUGCCAAAAAACAGAUCCAAUCCAUGCGAUUCAUCGUUUCUUGCGUGGUGAGAAACAUGAGCCAAUCAGCGCAAGAGCAAGAUGAACUCACCGAGUACGAAGCAGAACUCAUGCUCGGAGUUUGUCAGUCGUUUGUUCUGGGAAAUCAGGAGCAAGACGAGUAUGAACUAUUUUUUAAGGGGCAUUUCGAGAAAGAAAGAGUUCGUCUAAUUGAUGAAAAGCGAAUUACAAAAGUUGCUGAUUUUGUUAAGUUAAUGUUCAAACAGAAAUCUGACGAACCCACAACGUCAAGAAGUGAUGUAACACUCAUUCGCUGCGUCAGACUGAUUCAUCAGAAGAAUAAUAUGCUAAGAAAGUGGAGUUUGCAGUUGAAGUUGAUGUCUUUUACGUUUGAUUCGAUUGAUCGGUUGUUACGUAAUUUGAAUUAGAAGUAAAGAUUUUUUUCAA